UUGUUGUGCAGAAACACUAAAAAUAGCAAUAGCGUGUGUGAGAGAGAGAGAGAGAGAGUUUUGUGAAGAGUGGAAAGCUUUGCUUUGUGUUUGUGUUUAGUGUUUUAAAGUGUUUGUGUUGUGUUAUGAGUUGUGAUUUUCUCUCUCUUCCAUGAUCCUCAAUUAUUUCAGGGACCAUUUUUAUUAAUCUUUCUCUCUCUCUCUCUCUCUUUUUUCAUUUUAUUUCCCAUUAAACACAAACCAGCGAAGACCAAAAACGAAACCAAACCCAACAAAACCUUAUAUGUUCCGAUCGUUUUUUAACCUGAAAAACAUCAAAUUUUACAUUUAACAAAACAAAACAAAAAACGUUUUUUUUUGUUUGUUUGACGUUUCUUAAAGAAAAGAAAAAAAAUGGUGGCGGCUAACCGUGAAAUGGUUGUGUUUUGCUUCGACACUCUCGUCUCUCACUACAACAGCGAAGAUGCUCCUCCUCCUGCCUUCGAUGAGGGUCAACACCCAUUGUUUGUGACUUGGAAGAAAGUGAUAAAUGGUGGGGAGCCUCGCUUACGUGGAUGUAUUGGAACUCUAGAAGCUCGUUGGUUGAUUAAUGGCUUCAGGGACUAUUCUCUAAACAGCGCUUUGAGGGACCGCAGGUUUCCCCCCAUACAGGCUAAAGAAUUACCUUCUUUGGAGUGUACAGUUUCCAUUCUGACUGAUUAUGAAACUGCUAACCAUUAUCUUGAUUGGGAGGUUGGAAAGCAUGGUUUAAUUAUUGAGUUUACUGAUCCUGAUAACAAUACAAAGCGAAAUGCAACAUAUUUGCCUGAGGUGGCUGCUCAUGAAGGUUGGACAAAAACGGAGGCAAUAGACUCGCUGAUGCGAAAAUCUGGUUACAAUGGCACCAUUACUGAGUCACUUCGGAAGCGUGUACGACUGACCCGAUACCAGAGCACAUUGUUUACAAUGAAUUACAGUGAAUAUGUUGCCUAUGUCAAGGCAACCCGAGGUGCAGCUCCAUCCAUUGAUGGGGCUAAGCCUGGGAACUAUUGAUUCUUCCAAAUAUCUUUUGCUAAGACCACAAAGUUAGUUUGGUCUAAGACAAAUUUCUAUUUAGAAGAAAAAAGAACUGGGUUGGAAUGGAUUUGUUUGUUUUCCAGCCCAGACACAUAAGUAAUUGUUGUGACCUGUCCAUAUCAUUCUUCAAAUUCAUUUGAUUUUGAAGAAAGAAACCAAAAGAACAGGUUUCCUUGAUUCCAGUUCCCAGCUUUCACAUUCAGCAGCUUCUCUGGGAUAGCUGUGCUAUUGUAAAAUUUCUCAGUAACUUAUAAAUCAUCCCAGACUGUUUUAUCUAUAAUCGUGUUUGUCUUCA